UAAAGUGGCUAUUCAUGUUUAUCUUGAUCAAUUGUCAUAACGGUGUUACUUGUGAAUGACUCAAUCCAAAAGUGUCAAAAGACACUACGCAAGAGUACCAUACAUGACAGCCAUUCACGCCUCUUGUGAAGAGACAAAAGCAGGCGCUCUUGGGAUUGCGAUAUCGUGAGGUAACGAAAGCUCCUCAGGCACGGAGGAUGCACGCCAAGGGCAGGUUACAGAAAUGUUUACUUUGUUUGUCACUAUGGCUCCUCUAAAAAUCGUACUUUUGAUUUCUAUUGUCAUUUGCGCCCAGAUUUCUCUCGCCAAGCAUCACUUUAAAAAAGUAGGGUGCUUUUUGAAAGUCCUUAAACAAGCCCCGCGGUAUAAAAGGCGCGGACCUGGUCCAAAUCGUCAUUCUUGCAAGUCCACGUUAAGUUCAAAGCUCAGGCCUUCAAAGUACUGGGUUAAAUAUGAACGCCUGUCCUCAAGAAAGAACGAAAUACAUGGAGCCCAGCGCCCCGGUGCGAAGCGUUUUGAAGUACCACGUGAUCAGCAGAAUGACGAAGUGGCUUAUAUAUAUGACGACGGCAAAGGAAACAGAGCAGAACAGAUCAAUCUAGGGAUCGAUAGUGAAUCGGAUCAGCCUCGUGACUAUCCGAUCGCUCCUGGUUAUCCGUCUUACCCAGCUCCAGCCCCAGGCCAGUGCCUGCAGCCAUGCCCGGCUCCAUUCAUAUGUAUAGUAGGGGUUACCCCGACAUGCCUUCCACCCCCUCCGCCGACCACAUGCCCUGCCACAGGCCCUUGCACUACCACCGCCACCCUAACCACAACCAACACCGACAUCAUUACUAGCACUGCCGUGGCUACAGCCUACACCACGGCAACCCUGACAACAACAUCGACUGGCACCCUGACCAGCACCCACCACACCACACACACCUCAACGGAGACUUCCACGCACGUCACCACGGCAACCGUAACUGCCACUGAGGUCACAAUCGCCACGCAGGUUACCACGGAAACUGCAGUCUCCACUGCAGUACAGACGUUGACGUCAACUCACAUAACCACGGCAACCAAUACCCGUAAUGCAACUUUAACAUUGACGCAUCACAAAACGGAGACGUCAACUGCAGUUGCCAUGACAACUGUUCCACAUACUGUGACAACUACAGCUGUAUCGUAUACUACUGCUCUGGUGAAUAGCACUAGUGUUGUCAUGGCAACAAGUACAGCCGUAGCCACCUUAACAAGCACUCACAUCACCACACAAACAAAUACUGCUGUGACAACCAGUGUUGCCAUGACAACAUAUACGCACUUAAUAACAGUAACAAACACAGAAACGAAGACCGAAACUGCCGUCAGUACUUCUGUUGCCGUAGCAACAAGUACUAAAGUAGCGACUUUAACAAGCACACACGUGGCAACAACAACGAGUGUUGCUAUAGAAACCAGUACUGCCAUAGCAACAAGUACUCAGGUAACGACACAAUUAAAUACCCAAGUAGUGAACAGCACGAGCGUUGCCAUAGCUACAAGUACCGCCAUUGCAACUUCAACAAGCACUCACGUGACUACGCAAACUAAUACUGCCGUGACUACUAGCGUAGUCAUUGCAACAAGUACACAAACAAACACUGCCGUGACAACAAGUGUUGCCAUAGCAAAGAGCACAAGCGUCGUCUUGGCAACAAGUACUGCGAUUGAAACGAAAACACACUUUCACUUCGUGACAACAACGAAGACGGAAACAUCAACGGCAACUAAAACAGACACCUUAACCCACACAAAAACGCAUGCUACUACCGAAACGAAGGUUUCCACGGCAACUAGCACUUCUGUCCUGACCAUCACUAACACCCAUCACGUCACCUCGACGUCUACUACAGUCAGCACGGCCACCAAGACCGAGACGACGACGACGACCCACCACACGACGAAACUGGAGGAGAUCACAAGUACAGCUAUCGUUACCUCGCCAACCGUCGAGAUAUCCACCGCAAUAAUCACAGCAACAAUGACCUCAACAGUGAUAGCUACGAGCACGACUGUGAGUCUGACGACGAGCACGGAGACAAAUACAAAGACGGAGACGUCCACUAAGAUCGCCACUAGUGUCGUUACCACAUGUAGCGGGCUCUGUCCGACACCGACCACUGUAAGUCCUACGCCAACUGAAGAGCCUCCACCCUCGACAACACCACCAGGACCCGGUGAACCCGACAAAAAACCUUGCAAGGAGGCAAUUGAUGUUGGCGUUAUCAUUGAUGCUUCUGAGAGUAUUAAUAAUGAGCAGGAAAACUUCCCUGUUGUACUAAACUUCGUCGCAAACAUCUCCAAGCAAUACCAAGUAUCCCAAGAAGGAACCCACUUCGGAGUCAUUACUUACAGCAGCGAAGCGAGACUCGAUUUCACCUUCGCUGAUUCGCAAUAUUGGGACCCUGAGGCUUUGGCCCGAAAGAUUAAAAGCAUAAAGUGGAUUGGAAGUGGCACUCGGACUGACCUUGCCUUGCAAAUGGCUCACGAGCGUCUCUUCACCGUUGCCGGGGGCAACAGAUUUGACAAGCCUAAUGUAUUGAUUGUCAUCACUGAUGGGAAAAUACAUCCGAACUUCGAGGAUAAUUACUCCAAAGUGAUACCGCCGCUCAUAGCCAAGGGCGUCAGGAUAAUCGCUGUUGGCGUUGGGGGUCAAGUGAAAAAGAGUGAGCUGCUGACCAUCGCCAACAAGAAGGCGGAAAAUGUUUUCGCGGUGGAUAGCUUUGAUAAUCUGAUGACAAACCUGGAGAGUAUCAUGAAGGAUUCCUGCUCUCCCAGUCCCCCUGCCAAGCCGGUAUGCCAGACUCCCAUAGACCUCGCCUUCCUUGUUGAAGGGUCUACAGCAGUUGGUGCGAACUUCAAUGCUCUCAUGAAGUUUACGACAAACAUGGCAAAGAACUUCGAUAUCUCCGUCAGCGCGACCCAUGUGGGUCUCGUCCUGUUCUCGACUACAGCGAGCGUAAAGAUCACCCUUAAUGAGUUCUUCGAUAUUGUAAAGUUAACCUCAGCUAUCAACCUCAUAACCAUCCAAGGGGGCUUUACAAAUACUGGCAAAGGCUUGCAGGCCGUCAAGUCAGACCUAUUUGACGCGACUACGAGGAAAAACGUCCCACGAGUCCUUAUCGUGCUAACAGUGGCCUCUUCAUUGGAUGACGUGAGAGCUCCUUCCCAGGCUCUCCGGGAUAACUCGGUCACGGUGUACGUGGUGGGGGUUGGGGAGAGGGUUGACGUGGAACAGAUGAAUGUUAUGGGGAGUGAUCCGGACAGAGAUCACGUGUUCAAGGCGACGUUUGGUCAGCUAGAGUCAUUGGUGGAUACUGUCAAAACUAAUGUCUGUCCAGCUUUGUACGUGCCACCUUGUCACAUGACUGCUGAUAUAGCAUUCCUUAUUGAUGGAUCCACCAUUUGGUACGAUGGUCAACAAAAUUUCAACCGAAUCCUAGACUUUGUGAAAGCCCUGGCAAAAAGCUUUGUGGUGUCGGAAAGCCGGUCACACAUUUCUGCCACCGUGUACACAGACAAUCCCAGAAUCCACUUCACGCUGACUCAGCAUUACGAUAUCUCAACCAUCGAGACCGCAAUCAACAGUAUAACAUACACUGGGGGCUCUGCUAACACGGGCAAAGCAUUAUCGUCAGUUAAGACGAGCGUGUUUGACGCCACGGGCCGGGCAAAUGUUCCCCGUGUCCUCAUCUUGCUGGCGCAUGCAGUGUCUCUGGAUGGGGUCUCAAGCGCGUCCCAGGCCCUCCGCAGCGCUGGGGUGACGAUUUUCAGCGUGGGGAUUGGGAAUUAUAUAAAGAUUUUUCAGCUGAAUACCAUUGCUAGUGACCCGGAUGUUGAUCACGUGUUCACAGCAAGCUUUUCUGAGCUCCACAGUUUAGAAGGUUCUGUCAGGAAACGAAUAUGCCUGGGCGAAUGUAAUAUCCAGUACAACAAGCUCGGCUGCUACAAGGAGGAAUCAAGUGUGCGCAUGCUCCCUGUACGACUGCUGGACAAAUCAAGCGUAGCGUGGGACAGCUUCAGCAGCUGGCUGCCUGACUUUGUGUGCCGAUGCGCGCAGAUUGCGUCCGAAAAGGGAUACACGCACUUCGCCGUGCAGAACUACGGGGAGUGCUGGUCCGGCCCAAAUGCUGAGAACACCUACGAGGAGUAUGGCUUAAGUACGCAUUGUGUGGAUAAUGAGUUCUCGGAGUGUAAUGCCAAGGCCGGGGAGUGUUGCGGAGAGCCUGGUACCAACUACGUAUACGGCAUCAAAUCACCUUCACCAAAGUCGCCACCACCACCGCCAUCGCUGCCACCAUCCCCUUCAGGUAUUUGCCAAUCGGAUGUAGAUCUCGGUUUCUUGAUCGAUGUGUCGAAUUCUAUCGUUCGUAACGACCCAAACAACUUCAAGCGCUGUCAAGACUUUGUCAAAAAAAUUAUAGAAAAUUUCGAAAUUUCUCCAUCCUCCACUCGCAUCAGCGUAGCUACAUUCGAAAACUUCCCUAAAAUGGAAUUUGGCUUCCAGAAAUAUAGCGACUUGAAUAGUGUAAAGUUUGCCGUGGACGCUAUUCAGAUCUCGAAUGGGGGUGUUGAUUUGGUGUUUGAGUCGCCGUUUGACCAGUUGCCUCAGAUGGUUGAGAAGGUCCAGCAGAAAGCUUGCCCAGCCGACUUGAAAGACAAAACGACUCUGUUGACCAAAGAAAGUGAUCAACGAGAAUCGUCCACUAUCGUCGACACACAGUCUAUCGUCCCAGCAACAGAAACGUGCAGUGUGCAGUUCCAUAAAAUGAGUUGCUAUAGCAACACUGACGUUGGUGCCAGCCUCGAAGAGUUACAGCUGUUCACUGACAGAGACACCAAGUCGGCUGCGUUCAGUGGGAACCCUGUGGACUGGGGCCAUUGGGACGCAUACAUGUCACGUGCGACAUGCCGCUGUGCAAAUCAGGCUCGUACAAAGAAAUACAAGUUUUUCAGUAUCAGAAACUAUGGUGAGUGCUGGUCGGGGCAGGUACCGCCUAGGGCCAGUCCUCCCUCGGACAGUUGCGUUACGACAGAGUACAAUAAAUGCCAGCCGCAGGACAGUAGUCUGUGCGUAGGAGACCAGCAUUCAUCAUUUGUGUACCGAAUUGACGAUAAAUCAUGUGACGUCCAAUAUACAAAUGUGGGUUGUUAUAGCGACAGUAGUGACGACAAGCCCCGUCCAUUCACAGAGCUGUUGACGAAUGAUCUACCGAGCAACUCAACCCUAUGGAGUCACCGCUCGAUAGACUGGAAGGACUGGGACGAGUACCUGGAUGACGCUGUUUGCCGUUGUGCGCGCAAUGCAAAUGUAUUGGGCAAUACUUACUUUGCUAUCCACAAUUACGGCGAGUGCUGGUCGGCUAAAGACGUCGAUGUGACAUACAAUGACCACGCUGAGUCUACAGAGUGCAUAUCCUACGAUUUUAAACCUUGUCCUAAUGACGACGGAUCCGGAAACUGCGCGGGAAUCGCCAAGUCGGACUACGUGUAUAAGAUCGUUCAGACAAGCUAAAAAAGCUCGUUUAGGAACAGCUUUAAUCAGUAAACAAGAUCAGCCAGGAAGCCCAGGACUGAAUCAUUUACACUAUGUGUAUAUGUCCAUCAGAAACCUUUAUCAAAACUCUGUACAAUUUUGUCCAAUGGCUAGACAAGAAUGAAUUCAUUUUAAACUAUGUUAACAAGAUAUCGUUAAAAAUGCGCUGCAAAAUCACUAUGUCACGUAUAGAAUACUUAAACUAUGUAAAUGGUCAACAAGAAUUUGUCUUUGGAUGAAGGUCAUCUUCUUCCAUACAGGAGAAAGAGUGAGUAAAACACUCUUUGUAAAA